CGACAUUGCACAUGUUGCUUCAUUUCCCCACUUGCUACCAAGUACUCAUGCACCUUCGGUUCUUGACGGUCGCGGCCGCCACGUCGUCGGCCGUCGCCUGGAACAUGGCGCCCGUCCGCUCGAUCCAAGCGCGCGUCCAGGGCGACACGCCGGUCUAUAAUGCGGCGCACGAUGCGUUCGUCUCAUCGUACUACAAGACGUUCGAGGACCAGUACAACGGCGUGAUGGACACGGUCAACCUCGCGAGCGUCGAAGGCGCGCUCAAGUACGUCCAGUCCGAGUGCAUUGCGAGUCCGACGCCCGACUGCCAGCGCAAGAACAACGUCAAGAACAUUGUGUUUUACGACAUUACGAUCGUCCAGCCGAACGCGUCGCUCGCACAGUUUCAAACCAACCAAGCCGUGUACCCCGAGUAUGGCCCGUACCUCGCCAUGGACAGCGGCGCGUGCACCGCGUCGGGCUCGACACUGCCCACCGAGUGCCUUCAGUACAACGGCCUCAACGGCACGGCCAACCUCGGACCGUUCGUCGGCGGUGUCACCUCGACGGCCGACGCCCGCGCCUUGUACCCCAACACGAUUUGGUUUUCGUACCCCAACAGCUGCGUGCAGUCCACAUGGAGCACCAAGACAGCGGCGUGCCGCCAGCAGUUUACCGGUGGUCUCUGCCCGUUCGGUGUCAAGCCCGACGGUGUCAAAUGCACGUACUCGUACACGAUCCUUGGCUGGGUCGCGCUCGACGACGUCGUCGGUAUCACGAGCAUGACCAACUUGAAUACGAACGCGCCGUUCAAGGACUUUAAGGAGUUUUGCACGGCCAAGAAGAUCGAGUUUGGCGUCACGACGGCCGCCAACGGCUCGUUCGUCGACGUCCAGUCCGACUUGACGUUUUGGGACAACCCGAACGACGUGGCGGCCAACACAGCCCGCGCCCAGGCUGUCGUUGACAUGUACACCAAGACACAAAAGGCACCGAUGAAGCCGCUCCCGACCAUCGAGGCGCUCAAUGCCGCCAACCCGCCGUGUUACAAGAACGCCAAGCGCUGCUACGACGCGCCGUUUGGCUGCCGCCGCUCCUUGUACGCGCAGGUGUGCGAGGUAUGUACGUCGGCGUCGCCCGACUGCGUCGUCAAGGACCCGAGCUACACGUUCCCGGCGCUCGUGCUGGCGACCGCACCGCCGACAACCGCGCCCCCCGCCGGCGCCCCUGGUGCCCCCGGUGCGGCUGGCAACAGCAACAACAACAAUGGCCCCAAGGCGUCGUCAGCAUCAACGAUGUUGCCGGCGGUGGGUGCGAUGGCUGUGGCUGUGGCCGCCAUGCUUCAGUAGAGGACGCCUUUAUCGACUACAAAUAUAUACACCAACGUUACCCUGUU